UGUUUGUAUCCACAGUUUUCGAUCCGAUUCACAAACUUCAUCAAUAUGGAAUCCUUCUGAUCGUAAUAACCCUUCUCCUUAUUUUAUCUUUCAAACAGAGUUUUCAUUAUUUAAGAGAUUCAAAACAAAAACAAAAACAAAAACAAAAAAAAAAAGAAGAUUUUUAUCUCCGUCCGAUGUCGAUACCUAUUCCUUACGAUGACCCAAUCACCACCACCGGCGAACAAUCGCCGUAUCCGGCGCCACCGAAGGGCGGCAACACGACGAAUCUUCCAACGAAGAUCCUCUCCAAAAUCCUCGUGGGUUUCAUCAUGAUCCCUGUAGCUUUAACCGCCCUGCUCUUCAUCCUCAUGUCUCUCGGCUUCUCCGUCUUCUUCUUCGCUCUCUACUGGUUUCUCCACCGUAACUACCGCCGCCGCCUCCGUCGCCAUCUCCGCCACGAAUCCUCGGAUGGGUUGUCUCCCAGAUGCGUGAAGAGCCUUCCGCAAUUCAAGUUCUGCGAGGCGACAAAGUACGGAAGCGAGUGCGUGGUGUGUAUCGAUGGGUUCAGACAAGGGCAGUGGUGUCGGAGGUUGCCUGGAUGCGGACAUGUGUUUCAUAGGAAGUGUGUGGACUUUUGGCUGGUGAAAGUUGGGACUUGUCCGAUUUGCAGGGAUAGGGUUUAAGAUUGGAAGGGGGAAAAGAAAGGUGAGAACUUUUUGAUGGGAGAAGAAAGUACUAGUUUCUCUAGUAGUAGUAGAUUUGUUGUUUGAUAGUUAGUUGUUGGUUCACUUCAGUUUUUAUUAUGAUGAUGUUAAAGCAAAAUUUGGUUUUCAUCAAUAAUCAAUCAUGUACAGUUAUUACAGAGCUCAACAAAUUGAAAGCUUUGGUUCCUUUCUUCCUUAA